UUCUGGCUGUGACCGUCGCUGCCAGUUGUCACAAUUUGCUUCAUUUUGUCCAGUUGUUGGAAAGUUUUUGUUUGAAACUGCACGGAAGUUUUUGAUGAAGUGUUUUUCUUCCCUCUAAUUCAAGUCUUUUGGAUAGAGUAAAUAAACAGAGAAACUGCAAAAUGUUGCAGCUGCUGAACUUCUGCCUCUAUUUAUAUGACAACUACGGCAGGUCCUGUUUUGGGUUAAGAGGGCAGAGCAGAAAAAAACAAAAGACCGGUAAUAUGAAGAAAAAAAGGACUCGAAGGGGCUGGGAACAGCUGCUAAAGUCACUGUUACAACGUCAAGAAAAGUCCAAGAAACCCAGUUUAAGCAUAGAUGAUUCUGUUUCAGAGUAUGUCUAUGAUGAAGAUGAAGAUGUUAUGGAUAACUAUGUCUCUGCAGAAGAAGUCUUACAAAGGCUUUCUUUUAGCAGUGACCUUGCCACUCCUAGGAGACGAAAACCUCUGUCCAUCGAAGAGUUUGAAUGUAUCUUGACUCAGUUUCCAGCUGAAGAAUUGUCUGUCAGCAAAUGGACUAUAGUAGAAGACGGUUGGAUUUAUCAGCAAGUUAGUGUCUCCGACAACUUCGGUAGUUUUUACAUAGAAAACUUGUUUGAUGAAGAAAAGUUCUUUUGCAGUACCUCUGACUUUCUCUUGAGCUUAAAUAUCUCUAAGCUUUCACUUCUGUGUAUCAUAUUAUUGUUGCGAAGACUUUUAAGCUCAAGUUUAUUGUUCAGUUUGGGGUUCACAGAGUUGGGAAGCUGAAUUAGGAAUCAAACGAGUAGCCAUUUGUCAUUUUGAGCCGCGACAUGAAAACUUUUAUCUACAUAGAUCGACUGGUUGUUAAACAACUGGUUCAAAUUUUAAUGGCUAUGAUUCAUUCAGAGCUAAAGGAGUUUGUAAAGAUAGCCUGCGUUGUAAUAAUCUGAGGCAGACAACAUGGCAAUUUUCAUAAGCAUAUUGGAUACACAGUCUAAGUUUUUCUUUCUUGCAAAAACUCUUUAUCUAUAUCGAAAACUGUUGGUUCGAUGUUCUACUUUAAUUAUCCAUCGACGAGUCAUUGACAAGCUGAGACGUUAUAUCUUAGAGACCACAAGACUUCAAGAUAGCUUUUGUAGAAAGAGUGAACCAUGCUCAGAGUGAGUGUAAGUAGUAGAAUUAUCAACUGCAAGUUUUUUUGGUACAGAAUCGAAUUUUACUAGAGCGAAUGUUUGGGUUCUCAUCUGCCAUGUGGCAACUGAAAACUUUAUCCAUGCGGUCAAAUGACGUGUCAAAGCUCUUCUCCAUGGGUCGGAGAUAUUUCGAAGGGCUGUGCUGUCCUAUUCAUUUUAAUCACUAGUAUAAGCUUACUACUUGAAUAAUAAAAAAACCGGUAUUUUCUCGAUGCGUGGAUUUGAAUCGAUCAUAAAAUGUAAUGAUCGGUGUAUAUAAAAUAGAACAAUAAUGAAAUAUCAAAAUUCAGA